AUGGAACCGCAAUGGACGGCUUGUCAGUGCGUGAUUCCGUUAUUUCGCGUUUCCCCGGCCGUCGGCGGGGGGAAUGGGCCGCCAAACCCCAACGACACCGCCGACGAGGACGCGGAAGAGGCGCGCCCAACGAGGGGUUCGAAGGAAAUCGAUGAAAUCGCGCCCGGCCGCAUCCCGUGCGCGAUCGACUACGCGCGAAAUCUCCUCGUAACCGGCGGGCAAGAAGGGGGGAAAGGGUUUUUUCUCCUCCAUUUCGCCACUUCCCCUCAACUUGAGGCCCCCGAAACGCGGCGGGGCGGGAUCGUUCUCGACGUCUCGAGCGAUCUCCCCGGAGGGGGGGGGGGGGUUCGCGGCGCGAUGCCGACGGCGAUUCGCGUGAAACGCGUCGCCGCGUCGCCGCCCGCCGCGCAUCGAAAUCCGCUCGAUCAACUCGCCCUCUUCGUCGGGCGCGCCCCUCACGGCUCCGCCGCGGGCGGGAUCGCCUCCCUCCCCCCCUCCGCCUUAGCCUUGUCGUUAGCCGCCGCCGGGGAAGGGGUGUGGGUGGCGGCGUCCAGCAUUUGCGCGACCCGCAUCACGCUUUGGGCGCUCACCCCGAUCCCCGGCAACGGGUUGUCCCCCUCCCCGUGGUCGAAUCUCACGGAAGGAGGGGACGGGGCCUUCAGCUUCACGGCGAUUCGCGUUUUUCGCGUGGGGUUUCGUAUGGCGAUGCCGCCGUUUGCGAGGUGGGGAGGAGGGGGGCGACAGACGCGACCGCACGAGGGAGGGGCAAGGAUGUUUUCCACCACCCCCACCUUCAACCCGCGUGGGGGGGGAAAGGAAGCCGAAAGAGGGGGCGACGAUCGCGCACACGACGCCGCCCCACGCGGGGAUGCCCGCCAGAUUCACCACCUGCAAUUUCUCCAUCAAGGACGAUUUCUUUUCUGCGUGUGGAACGGCUCGAUGCUGGUGUUUUCGACCACCAAAGAGGACCCGUCGGAAAAGGUCCCGGGCGCGGAUCCCCCGCAGGCGGCGGUGAAUCACCGCUCGAUUUUCACCAACGCCGUCAAACGCGUCGUGCCCGGCGGGCUUCGCUUUUUCCACGACUACACCCGACAGGAAUGGUUUUCCUGCCGCGAGCCGCUGCCGCUUCGGGAUCCGGUGUUUUACCCUCAAUGGCUUUGGAUGUAUAAACAAGAUAUUCUCGCCGGUGGCGACACCAAACGACAUCCCGCGCGAGGCGGCCCCCAACGCCUGGUGGAGGGUGGGAAACGCGUGGGCGACGCCACCUCUGGUGCCGAUCGAGAGGAGCGGAAGGGCAGCUCCUACGCGUAUCUCGCGUCCUCCUCAAGACUGGAGAAGUGGGUAUCGCAGCUCACGCACGCGACGGGAGGGUAUGGCGCGAAAACGCACCCGAUGAGAAAUCCCGAACGGAGCGAACCUCUCGACUGGGUUUCUGACGCCCUCUAUAUUAGAAUGACAUCCCAGGGAUCCCCGUGCAACGAAUCGGGUAAAAUGGGUAGCGAAAAGAGCAGAAAGGGCAUUUCGACGCCCCCAACAAACGCGGUACCAUCCGGAAGUCCUCCCUAUGAUUCCUCUUUCACGCAUAUUGAGCCGUGCAUCUUUGUCUGGGAGCAUGAUCUCUCACGCGCAACCGCCCAUUCCCACCAAUACGGACCCGCAAACGCGCCGUUAUCCAUGCAAAGUCAUUCCCAAUCAACAUCGCCCUCCCUUGGGAGUAUGCACUUUGUAAAGAACCAACCCAACCCCAGUAACACGGCAAUUAUUUCACGGAAAGUGGUCUUGGAUUGCGUUACGUGCGAUGGGGCCUUUCUGAACAUUCGUUUAUACACGAGGGAGGGGACCUUGCAGUGCUCCCCGGCACUGCCCUGCACGCUGGAGUAG